GCCUCUCAAAUCCUAUCACAAAUCGAAAUGAUGUCAAUAUAAGGAGACUUAAUAUUUUUUUAACUGUCGUGAUACCAAUUUUGAGUAUCACAUCAAGUUUAAUAAUGUUAUAUUUGCAUCAUAAUCCUUUAUUUGAAGUGAUCGAUACGGGUGGCAUUUGUUCUAUCUCUCGACAUGGAGAUUAUAGACUUCUUUUAUUUAUUAUAAGAACCGUUCCUGAAUUUGUACCAAUUUAUCCGGCUUGUAUUUUAUCUGUUAUUACCGUAAUCCCCGUCGUUGGAAGAGUUUUCAGUACCUAUCGUUCUCGAGAAUCAUUCGCGCUUCCUUGGCAAUCCAAAAUUUCUCCUAAACCUGGUCCAUUACGCAGUACGCGUGCGGGUCCACCACCUGAAACUGCAUCCAUCUCCACAAGACCAACUAUUCCACCUAAUGUACUUCUUCGUAUGGGUUCAUGGUGUUGUCUACUAAUCAUCUCCGGAAUACCUGAUGCAACAAUAAAAUUUAUAGAAAAUAUUCAUUACGUAAUAUAUAAUAAUGAUAUCAAAAUUAUCGAUAAUCCUUUUUGGAACAGGAACGGAACUACUUUACAUAUGUGUUUGAGUAUGAUUUUAUUUUUAUUAUGCUUUGGAACUGGUGAAUUUGCUACUAAACAAUAUGGAAUACUCUGGACCAAGAUUAUUGGUUUUAUUUGUUGCAGUCCAUCCAGAAUUAAAACGAGACAAAUUGAUACAGUUGGCUCUAGAUCACAUGAUACAAUCGAUUCACGUGAUUCAGAUAUCGAUACUUCUGCAAUACCUACAUCGUUCAUCGCAUCCCCUCCGAUGACAUAUCCUCGAAUUGAUAAAAAGUAUCUGACUGGUGCAAGAGCCGGAUGGGUAACUUGCAAAAGUAAUAUUUCUCAAACAGACUCUGGAGAUAAAAGUAUUGAUAUUUCAUCUCCUCCAAUUGUAUAUUCUAAUUCUGCUCCACAAAUUGAUAAAAAAUAUCUGACCGGUGCAAGAGCCGGAUGGGUAACCAAAAGUACUUUGUAUCAAAAUUCUAAAGCCCCUAUUAAAUCUGAUUCUGGAAAUAAAACUACUGAUAAAAAAGGUUCAUCAACUCAAUAUCAACCAGAAAUUAUUAGUCAAAAUGUUUCUUUAAGUGAAAAUUCUAGUAAUUCAUCACUAUGCAUUAAACAAGAUGACAAAGUAUCUCAUACUGGAUCAACAACUGACCAAAUUUUUGCAUAUAACCUGGAGGAGAUAAUUCCUUAA